CAAGCGUGCUACCAUCUUCUCAGAACUGUGAAUGGAUGCCACUCGCGUAUGCGCUCGCCAGUGCUGCUCACCUAUUUAACUUCCUCGUUUCUCUGUAAUUCAGCAUCUCAUCCCCAAGUCAUCAUCUAUCUUUCUGUUUCCUAUAACCGCUGCGAAGGCUCACUACGAGCCACCUCUCCCGCGCCGGCCGCGUGCUUCCACGAUGACACAGGAUGCAAACACUCCAUGCCAUCAUAAUGCACAGCGAAUGCCAGGCUUGCACGCGACAGACAACUUCCAGCCACCUAUCCUGAGCCGAGAGUAUUCAUCCAUGUGGGAUGAUGUCGAGGUUCAGAACGAUUGGGCUAAUGCAGCCAGAGAGCAAGAGUACGCUUGUCAGCUGCAAGUCGAGCGUUCCAUUAAUUAUGAGCAACACGCUCAUAAGAACAAGAAACACAAACACGUCUCUAUAGACACUGAACGAGGGCGCCGCGCAUCUAUUGACAGAAAACAUACACGGCAUGAAUUUGUUGAUCGCGAACAAAGAGGUCGCGCGUCCAUUGACAGAAAGCGUGCACGACAUGAAUCUGUCGAUCAUGAACGAAGGGGUCGUAUGUCUCUCGAUCGACCGCAAGAACGCCCUGGAUUUAUUGAUCACGAACAAGAGCGUCGUGGAUCUGUUGACCGCGAGCGACAGCAUCGUGCUUCUAUCGACAGGAGACACGAUCGCGAGCGCAACAUGUCGAUUGGACGUCAUGGCCAUUAUGGAUCUGUUUCUAGGACGUUUCCUCGUCCACCAGUUUGUGCUGUGUCCUUCAGGCCUCCUACCACAGGCCCGCAAUCCCGUCCUUGCACAUCUGAAUAUGUGAUGGUUCCCCGUCCACCAGUGUGUGCUGUCUCCUUGAAGCAUCCUACCACACCCCAAUUCCGCCAUCGCAAAUCUGAAUCAGCGACGGUUCCUGGUUCACCAGUGUGCGCCGUCCCCUUCGAACAUCCUACCACGGGUCCAAAAUCUCGCCACCACAAUUCUGAUUCUGUAGCGUUUCCUCGUCCAUCAGUCUGCGCUGUCUCCUCCAAGCCUCCUACCCCCCAAUCUCGACAUCCUCGUCGAUCUUCGUUCAACUACGCAACUAGCCACGAUCAUUCUGAUGGACGCCAGCAUCCCGUUUAUGUUUUGCCUCCAACUGGUGCGUCUCAUAGCUUGGUGCAUGGAUUAUUCUAACUCUUUCAUCUGUGACGUCUAGCUCUAGCUCUACAGAUACAUCUACCUCCACAACAACGUAUCCGCACUGUCUCAAUGGAGGCGGUUCGUCGCCUUCCUUUCCGCGGUCCCGAGGUUUCUUCGUUUGAAAAGUCCAAGCCGUCUGGGCUAGCCCGCUUCAAUCCCUUCAACAGGCUGUGCUCGGCAACUUCGCAGAAGAUUCGCCGCAAAACUGCUGUCAGAGCAUGAUAUCCCUGGCACAUCCCUAUAUUCAUUGCUUUAGACUCAUAAUGUUCUUCCUUAACAUGGUAUAUCCAUUAGAACAUAUAAAUAUACCCUAGAUAUCUUGUUAGAUUGUACUGUGUGUAUCUACUUCCCUCGCUAUAAUCACACGGAAAUGUCUUGGCAUGUGUGUAUAUCACUUAUUUCCAUAUAAAGUAAUUC